ACCCUGUUCCAGAGCCCCGACGAGGGUUGGCAGGUUUAUACCUCGGCACAAGCCCCCGAUGGCAAAUGCCUCUGCACGGCCGUGAUCCCGGUGCAGGGCUCGUGCUCCCGCGACCUGCGCAGCCACCAGCUCCGGCAGCUCAUGGAGAAGGUGCAGAACAUCUCCCAGUCUAUGGAGGUGCUGGACCUCCGGACAUACCGGGACCUCCAGUACGUCCGCAACACCGAGGCCCUGAUGAAGGGCUUGGACUCCAGGCUGAAGGUGGCUGCUGAGAGCCAGAAGAGCCUCAAUGCCAAGAGCUUCCAG